AUGCCUGUCCCUCCAGAAUUGGAGUAUAGCUUCACUCUACACGUUGAUCUGGCUCACCCUCUCGAUUUCGGCUCUACUGUCUGCGGAGACAGACGAUUCAUUCCUAUUACCGGUGGAAACGUAUCCGGGCCUAAGCUGAACGGCACGAUAAUACCCAAUUCGGGAGGCGAUUGGAACGCAGUACGUUCAGAUGAGGUGGUGCAUCUCUAUGCACGAUACUCGAUUCAAGCCGAUGACGGCACCAUGAUCGGCAUCAUCAACGAAGGAUACGGCCGAGCCAGCCAGAAAGCCAUGAAGACCGUGUUUGAAGAUGAAAAUCCCUCCUCGGCAUCGAUGACAAACGGAGGCAAGGACUGGUACACGCGUACCAAUCCUAAAUUCGAGCUUUCCACAGAUAACAAGAAGUUCCAGUGGUUGGUCAGCUCUCUAUUCUUGGGCGAUCUGAAGCCUCCAAUCCGGCCAGGGUACGUUGAGAUUGAUGUGUAUGAAGUUCUAUGA